AUGUCCACGACAAUCACCGAGGCAUUGACAGGGAAGGUCCCAUUCGAUGUUCCGUACACCCUGCUCUCGGGCAGGCACUGGACAACAGCACAAGCACACAAACCACCCUCAAACAAGUUCGUCCAGCCACCGCCCACGGCGAAACACGUCAAUCCCGCAUGGGGCCGAUUUUCCGGAAAUGAGUGGGUUACGGUGAUGGGCUGUAGCGCCAUUGUGCUUUUCUGCCCACUGCUAGCCCUCCUCGCGUGCGUUUGUCUGAAGCAUUUCGAUGGUGGUUUGUUACCGACGCUGUGGGCCUUCAUGACGACGCACCCGGUGGAAUUCAUUGUUAGGUAUGCCCCCCGGCCUACGGCUGGUGCCUCGGCAGCCUAUGCGGGCUGGUUGUUAUUCCAGGCGGCGCUGUAUGCAUGGUUGCCCAGUCCCAUCGGGUACGGACAACGUACGCCCGCCGGACAUCUUCUGCCGUAUCGUGUGAACGGUAUUCACGCCUGGGUCGUUACGCAUGUGGUCUCUGUGGUUGCGGUUUACACUGGCAUGUUGGAUCCAGCGGUAAUCGCCAAGAAUUGGGAAGGGUUGUUGGUCGUGGCGAAUGUUUACGGCUAUCUUCUUGCCGUGGUGGCUUAUUUGAAAGCGCACCUGUUCCCGACCCAUGAGGCGGACAGAAAAUUCAGUGGUUCCAUGGUUUAUGACUUUUACAUGGGGAUCGAGUUAAACCCAAGGUUCGGUGAAUGGUGGGAUUUCAAAUUAUUCCACAAUGGGCGACCGGGGAUCGUUGCCUGGACCCUGAUCAACCUCUCAUUCGCCGCUUGGCAGUUCCAAUUGCACGGAUACAUUUCCAACUCUAUGAUUAUUGUCAACAUCCUUCAUGCAUUUUAUGUCGUGGACUUUUUCAUCAACGAGGAUUGGUAUCUGCGCACCAUUGAUAUCUGUCAUGAUCAUUACGGAUUUUACCUCGCGUGGGGGAGUAUGGUCUGGUUGCCCGGAACGUACACUUUGCAAGCGCAGUAUCUGGCACGAUACCCGGUUGACCUGUCGACGCCGGUCGCGGCCGCGAUACUCUUGAUCGGCAUCUCGGGGUACGUCGUUUUCCGCAGCGUGAAUUAUCAAAAGGAUAUUGUCCGGAGAACCAACGGGGAGUGUAAUAUAUGGGGCAAGAAGGCGGAGGUGAUACGCACGACCUACAAAACUGAGGACGGAAAAAUGCACGAAUCAUUACUCCUUUGCUCGGGAUGGUGGGGAAUCGUUCGUCACGCGAACUACCUGGGGGAUUUGGUGCUUUCGUACAGCGGAUGCGCGGUGUGCGGGGUGCAUAAUAUCCUGCCCUGGUGGUACGCAGUUUUCAUGACGGCCUUGCUGCUCCAACGGUGCGUGAGAGAUCACUCGCGGUGCUUGGGGAAAUAUGGGGAAGAUUGGGAAAGGUAUUGCGGAAGGGUGAAAUGGAAGUUGAUUCCGGGCGUUUAUUAG